AUGUCUUCCACUCCCUCUGGAGAAAAAUGUAUCUCUUUGUCUAUCAGUGUUGCUCUACAUCCUAAUUUAGUCAUUCCUGAGAGAAAUGUGCCUGAAAAGAUAUUUGCUGCGUCAGGAUGCCAUGCACAGGUUACUCCCCUUGCUUGCCAUCUGCAUACAUCCCUCAGCCAACAUAACUCCAACAGGACGUCCAUCGCCCGCAUUCAGAGGCAGACGUAUGGCAGGACCUACCCAGUGCUCUUGGUCAGGCCUGAUGGAUCUGCUAUUCAUAUCCGCUAUAAGGAGCCAAGGCGGAUCCUUACAAUGCCUGUAGACGUCAACACUCUUUCCGAGGCAGAAAGAAGAGCGAGGUUACGGAAACGCGAUCCCAGAAGGCUUAAGAGCAAACAGGAGAAAGUGUUGGAUGAUGAGUUUAAUUUGGAUGAUUAUAGACUCUUUGUAUUAAACAAAGUCAGAACUCUGUAG